UUUCAAAAUCAUUGUGACGUCUCAAAGAAACUGGGCUGGCCAAUCACAACGAGCACGCGGAAAGUCAUGUGGGUGAAAUGUCAAGCCGAUUGGAGGGCGGCUGAGAAAAAAACAGAACUUUUGGAAGUUUAUAGCAGGCAGUGCGUACGGUUUGGAGAGCGAGGCAAGCGUCGCAAAAGCGCGACGGCAGAAAAGGAAAGCAGUGUUGGACAAGUAAAUUCAGGACGACUCUUAUUGUAUGGCCCCUUCAUCAUCCAUGAUGAAUUCUGUUCAAGAGCCACAAGAAGGAAAACUACAGGACGGCAGAAGCGCGGACAAAGAAGAGGCUCGGAACAACGAUAAAGCGCCUGUCAAAGGAUGUAAAAGCAAAACUUUGAGUCUUCCGUUCAGUGUGGAGUCUUUAAUAUCAGACAGAACGAACACAAGGACUUUAUACACAUCAUCUGAAUCGGGUAUUAUAUCUCCGACAUCUGGUGCAGAUGAGAGACUGAGGCUCUCGCCCAUGGCUCUUUACGCAGAUAGGAAAAUCCCAAACGAGAGCGUCUCCAACUUAUCCGACUGCAAGGGAGGAGAUAUGGAGGAACUUACUAACAAGGGACAGUCGGGCUGGUUUCAGACAACUUCGUACACUUCUCCGCCAAGACACUCAAGUCCACCCCCGUGUACCCUCAGAAAACACAAGAACAACCGAAAACCGCGGACCCCGUUUACCACCUCGCAGUUGCUUGCUCUGGAGAGAAAAUUUCGUCAAAAACAGUAUCUUUCCAUUGCAGAAAGAGCGGAAUUUUCCAAUUCACUUAAUCUUACCGAGACUCAAGUUAAAAUUUGGUUUCAAAACAGACGGGCAAAGGCAAAAAGACUGCAAGAGGCCGAGUUGGAGAAACUGAAACUUGCAACCAAGCCCUUACUACCAGCGUUCGCCUUUCCGUUCCCACUAGGGACACAUGUUGGUUCUCCAUCCCUCUACGGACCGUCCAGUUCCUUCCCUAGACCUGCGUUACCCGUCCCAGGACUUUUUGGUGGGCCAGUGACUUACGGAAUGUAUUAUUUGUCUUAACCCGACGAAGCACGUUUUUCAUAUAAUUCACUGUCUGACAGUCAAAAGAUGAGUGAAAUAGCAAUUCUGUUCUUUUUUAAGAACUUCAUCUAAUAUCCAACUUAAAAAGUAAUGCAUUGUCAUCUACACAGUUUAUGCCAAAUUAAUUCCAGAAUUGGAUUUCAACGUUAGAAAAAGCCUAGAAAAAGAGUGCAAUGUGUCUUCCCCCAAUACUUUAUUUUGUAAUUUAAAACAAUGCAGACAUACAAAUGUGUGUCUUUUUUGUCCUUAUUUCCAAGAGAUUAUUUCUACGUAGGCUAUAUUUAGAAAAGUUUAGGACAGCGUCACUUGUUGAUGCGCGACGUGCGCGAAAACAACUAUUGAGUUGUGAAUAGCAUGGUCAGAAUAUAACACUAAAAUACAAUUUCUUUUUAUUAGUUCUACUACGUAGUUCUACUACGAAAUUUCCACUAUUUGGCUAUAAGCUAAUUCGGCACUAAAUGGACAGUACAUUUGACAUUAUUCAAACAAAUAGGCCUGCAUGUCGUUUCUUUAUGAAAACCAAAAAUAUUGUAGCCUAUCUUUUUACACAGAUUGUUCCCAGCUAUCAUUUUUUAAAUGUACACUGCCAACAGAUUUAUUUUUGAUGUCAACAAUUUGACAAUACCCAAUUUAGUUUAAACUACGUUGCAUAUUUCAUUGGUUUUUUAGUAUGGCCGUUAUCCCAUAAUUUACUUUACAUUUAGCCUACUCCCGAACCAUAGUUUAUUUUUUUCAUUCUGUUGGUUUAUAGAGCAUUUUGGCCUGUGUUUGAUUUCUCACCUGUUUAGAAAUAAUCCCUUAAAUAGGCUACAUGUAUGCUAGUUUGCUAGACUGUAAGAUUAAUCUCUAGAUUUAUUAUUGUAAAUACACGUA